GCAGCCCCGGGGCGCAGGGACAUAAAAGUGCGGCACUAGCCCCAACCGUGCAGAUCGUGGGCUGGAGGCCCACGUGGCUAGCAGGCGCACGGCCGGGCGCGCAGAGGCCCCGGGGUUCCUCCCUGGACAGCCCCGCGCGCCUCUCCCCACGCGCGCCCGCCCGCCCGCAGUCCAGCGGGGACGUCGGGACAGCACGGUCCCGGGCGCCGUGGCUCCUGCAAAAUGGUCCAGCACUGGAUGCUGCUCGUCCUCCUCCCCUUGGUGCGAGCCACGGAGCGCCCCGAGGGCCGGGAGGAGAAGCCCGGCCUGGCGGUGACCCUGGCCGUGCCCAACGCCUCGCACUUCUUCUGGAACAACUACACCUUCUCCGACUGGCAGAACUUUGUGGGCCGGCGGCGCUACGGGGCCGAGUCCCAGAACCCCACCGUGAAAGCCCUGCUCAUCGUGGCUUACUCCUUCAUCAUCGUCUUCUCGCUCUUCGGCAACGUGCUGGUCUGUCAUGUCAUCUUCAAGAACCAGCGAAUGCACUCGGCCACCAGCCUCUUCAUCGUUAACCUGGCCGUCGCAGACCUCAUGAUCACGCUCCUCAACACCCCGUUCACUUUGGUUCGCUUUGUGAAUAGCACAUGGGUGUUCGGGAAAGGCAUGUGCCACGUCAGCCGCUUUGCCCAGUACUGCUCCCUGCACGUUUCAGCGCUGACACUGACGGCCAUUGCUGUGGACCGCCACCAGGUCGUCAUGCAUCCGUUGAAACCCCGGAUCUCCACCACAAAAGGUGUCAUCUACAUCGCGGUCAUCUGGGGCAUGGCUACCUUCUUCUCGCUCCCACACGCUAUCUGCCAGAAAUUAUUUACUUUCAAGUACAGUGAGGACAUUGUCCGCUCACUGUGCCUGCCAGACUUCCCUGAGCCCGCGGACCUCUUCUGGAAGUACCUGGACUUGGCCACCUUCAUCCUACUUUAUAUCCUGCCCCUCCUCGUCAUGUCUGUGGCCUACGCCCGUGUGGCCAAGAAGCUGUGGCUGUGCAACAUGAUUGGCGAUGUGACCACGGAGCAGUACCUGACCCUGCGGCACAAGAAGAAGACGACGAUCAAGAUGCUGAUGCUGGUGGUGGUCCUCUUUGCCCUCUGCUGGUUCCCCCUCAACUGCUACGUCCUCCUCCUGUCCAACAAGGUCAUCCGCACCAACAAUGCCCUCUACUUUGCCUUCCACUGGUUUGCCAUGAGCAGCACUUGCUACAACCCCUUUAUCUACUGCUGGCUUAAUGAGAACUUCAGGGUUGAGCUGAAGGCGUUACUGAGGGUGUUCCAAAGGCCACCCAAGCCUCCAGAGGAACGGCCACCCUCCCCUGUCCCCUCCUUCAGGGUGGCUUGGACAGAGAAGGGCCAUGGCCGGAGGGCUCCGCUAGCCAACCAUCUCCUGUCUUCCUCCCAGCUCCAGUCUGGGAAGACAGACCUUUCGUCUGUGGAGCCCAUUGUGGCGAUGAGUUAGAGGAGGGUGGAAGAGGCAGGGGACAGGGCUCUGUCUCCAGCUGAGAUUGGGAGAGGGCCUGAGGACAGAGCCUGUCCUCUCAUACAUGACCUUCACCAUGCCGGAAAUCAGUUCCUGCAGAAGCCAUAAGACUCUUGAGUUCCUAGGAAACAACCCACCUCCUCACCACAUUUGAUGUGAAAACUAAAAGGCACCUACCAACUAGACACAUGUUUAUGAAUUCCUGUCUGAGAAAUGCUGUGAGGCAUAUCACCCUGGUUCCCUGAGCCAGAGAAUAGCACAGUUUCAGCCCAGAUGGAGGCUGAGUCAGCAAACUGCCUCAAACUGUCAGGCAGCUGCCUUACCAGCCUCCCUACCGCCGAGCAUCCAUAAAGCACACCUGAGUCUUACGGUGGGUGUGGCUGACCCAGCUGCACAGAGUUCUGCUUGAGUAGAAGGUUAACGAGCUGGAGCGGACACGGAUGUUUUUAUGCUUCACUUUCUGAAGUCAUUGGACCAGGAUGAAUCACAAUUCCGUGGUGGCUUGGCCUGGUAUAUGACAAGAAAGGACCACUUUGGUUCUGUAAAGAAAAAUUAUUGUUAAAACUUUGGAGAAUUCAGAAAAGCACAAAGAAGAAAAUAAAAAUCACCUCCUUCUCCUA